AUGGCAAGCGCCACGGCUCUCGCAACAGCCACCGACAUAUCGGGACCGACAGUGCGGUCGUUAUACAGAUCACUUCUACGGUCGUCAUCACAAUUCUCGAACUACAACUUCCGAGAGUAUGCGCGGCGGCGGACGAAGGAUGCGUUCCGGGACAAUAAAGCAGAGAAAGACGAGGGGAGGGUGCAGGAGCUGGUACAGAACGGGCUGAAGGAGUUGCAGACUAUGAAGCGGCAAACCAUAAUAUCGCAAUUCUUCCAGCUGGAUCGGUUAGUGGUCGAGGGUGGCGCGUCGGGCAAGGAGGGGCAUGGCGGUAUAGUUCGGCAGAAGGAUACAGGUUGGAAUUGA